AGAGUUUUUAGAGAACUGGCUCCCUCUCGUUCCCCGUUGGAUCCUUGACAACAUCCUCGACCAACUCAUCUUCCCCAAACUACAGAGGGCAGUAGAGAGUUGGAAUCCGCUGACAGAUGUUGUUCCUAUACACUCCUGGCUCCACCCAUGGUUACCGUUGCUAGGUGAGCAGCUAGCUCCUCUCUACAUCCCGAUCCGACAGAAGUUUGGUUCGGCUCUCAGGGACUGGCAUCCUAGCGAUAGCUCGGCCAAAACUAUCCUGUUGCCAUGGAAACCAGUAUUCUCCAAAGGAACCAUGGAAGCUUUUGUAAUAAGGCAUAUCGUUCCCAAGUUGGCCAUGUGCCUGCAGCAGUUUGUGGUCAACCCAUACCAGCAACAUCUAGAACCCUUUGAAUGGGUGAUGGCGUGGGAAGACUUCAUGCCCCGCCCAACGCUGGUCAAACUCUUUGAGACCAACUUCUUGCCGAAGUGGCUUCAAGUCUUGUGCUCUUGGCUGAACAACAGUCCUAACUACCAAGAAGUUGUUUCCUGGUACAGCGGCUGGAAGAAACUAUUCCCUGACUACCUGCAUGCAGAACCUGGAAUCAAAUCAUUCUUCAACCAAGCCUUGGAUGUAAUGAAGAGAUCUGUGAGUGGACCAGGACCUGUCCAAGUGACCCGCCCACCUCCACCCCCAGGACCACCCCCUACUGCACCCCCGCCGCCAUCACAACCAAUCAGUAAAUGGAAUAAUGAGCCUGUAAUGGUGAAGAGCUCAACCUCUGGGAUUCCAACAACUUUCAAAGAUCUCCUGGAAAGGAAGGCGGCCGAGAGUGGAAUUUUAUUUGCACCUACCCAGCGUCGGCAAGAAGGAAAGACGGUGUAUAACUUUGGCCAUCUUCUGAUGUACAUUGACCGUGGGGUAUCGUACGUCCAGCAAGGCGGUGACUGGACACCAACAUCUAUCUAUACCAUGAUCGAUAUGGCUCACAAAGGAUCGUGACAUCAUAAAGACUGAUUAUGACAUAGUAAAGACUGGUUAUGACAUCAUGAAGACUUUGAUUGUGACAUAAAAAAGAUUGAUUGUGACAUCUUUUAAGGAUAUUGGCUGUGACAUCAUCAAGGUAUCCAUUGUGACAUCAUAGAGAGAACAAUUGUGACAUCAUGAAACCAUCUUUUUCAUAUCAUGAAAUCAUGCAAUCUGUUAUUGUGACAUCAUAUAGUUUUUAAAAAGGUACCAGUUGGGUAAUUUGAUUAUGACCGGGGGGUCACUGCCUUUGGACAGUGGAAAGCAUCCGUAAGAAAGAAAACACUAAAAAAGGGUGUUUUUAGCUGGCAGGCGCCGACGGCAAAUAGUGUCAAAUACGCAGAUAGUGAGAAAAAGGCCCCUUAAAUCAUGACGGCCUAAAACGCAAAUAGAGUUUGUUAUUUGCACGGACUAUGGGAUCGAAGAUAUGCCUUCCAUAUUGACGGGCGACAGAUCUGUAAUGUAGAGGUGUCUUGGCUCAGUCUCAAGACUUUGAACCACAAGGUCCGGGGUUCAAAUUCCACUGCAGCACUCGCGUCCUUUGGCAAGGCGUUUAUCUACAUUUGCCAAUCUCGACCCAGGUGUAGUAAAUGGGUACCCAGUAGGAAGGAAUUCCUUGAAUACUCGAGCGCCCCAUCAGGGCUUGUGUUACAGCAUCCUGGUCUGAAAUAAUGCUUCAAGAUGGGCGAUUAUCCAACUAACGGACGGUUGUCUUACGCACAGUCGACUGUACUUUCAAUGAGUUGUUUAGCUUUCAGCUGUAAUGUCUUUGCUGAUAGAGGGCAGCAGAUCGUGAAGUCUCCGCUUUCUUCCUCAAUUAGAAUUGAAUGAAUGUAUGUGGAAAAAGUGCUUUCUACAUGUGCAUAUUCAUAACAACCAGAGUUCCAUUUUGUAUUAACAAGAUGACUUGUUUGUAGACAAGACUGAUCAUAAUGAUUCAUUUUGGAUAAUAAUUAUCAAGGUCAAAUACCAUUAAGAUGAUGUCUGUCAGCUAAGUUCUGUUAACUUUACCAUUCAAAAUCAUUCAUGACAAAUUCAGAUGGAACUAAUUUUGCUCAAUGUUUGGAAGAUCAUAUAUGAUGACAAACUGUUCUCAAGCAAAAUGUUUUCAUGAUGCAAUUUAAUGUGAGCAAGUUGAGAAUGUAAAAUGUUUCUGUAACAUAUUUAUAUUAAUGUGGUAUAUUUUCAAUAAACUGUUUAUUACUUUUCAGUA